GGUAAAUGCUCAUCUUCAUUGUUUGAGGCAUAUAACUAAACAAUCACUUCAACUCUGGCCAGCCUUUUGUACUUUUGCUUCGGUCUUCUCCCUUUCAAUCAAUUCGCUUCCUUAUAUUCCUCUUUCAUUCUGCUCAAUUACCAGAAAUAUCAUACCUUGACAUUAUGAUUCAUCUCUGGUUCAUUGCCUCACUAUGCAUCAGUUCAAGUUCUGCUCAGGCAGCUCAGCAAUUCUAUGACUCUACAAAUUGUUCUACAUAUCCUGACACCUACCCAGGUUCGAGGUACACUUGUAAAACUCCCCAAGAUCCAUGCGAAACAUACUUGGUGUUCAGAUCGAACCAACGUUUUCAUAAUCUUUCAGAGAUCUCAAAGCUCUUCAAUUUGAACCCUGAUACACUGCUUCAAAAAAAUAGCCAUCUCAAUUCUUCUUCUCAGUUCCUUGAGGCAGGCAAAGAGGUUCUUAUUCCUGUCACUUGUUCCUGCUCUGGCGAUUUCUAUCAAGUCAGUUUCAGAUAUAUAGUCCCCGAAAAUACAACAUUUUCAGAGAUUGCUUGUGGAGUUUAUGAAGGGCUGCUCAAAUCUUUCACACUCGAACAGGACAACCUUAAUAAAACCAUAGCUGGUGCUGAGCUUAAUGUUCCUCUUAGAUGCGCAUGUCCUGACAAUUCCACUGCGCUUGGUAAGAAGGUGAAAUAUCUUGUUACAUACCCCAUAAUACGAAAAGAUUCAGACAGUGACAUAAGCGCGAAAUUUGGCAUCUCAGAGGAAGAUUUCUUUGAAGCCAAUGACUUGCCUCAAUUUUCAACUCUUUUCGCACAAACAACUGUUUUGGUCCCAUUAAGAGAUGGUCCAAUCAAGAUUACUGAUAUUCCAGAGUCAUCUCCAGCUCCAACUUCUGGUUUUCUUCCAACACUUCCAGUGGCGAAAACAGAGAGAUUCAAAAAUCCUACCAGUCUGUACAUCGCGGGUUCUGUGAUAGGAUUUUUGCUGUUAAUCAUGGCAAUUGUUGUGAGUGUAUUGUGCAUUAAGGCCUUAAGGAAAUGGAAGAGCGAAAGUGUUCAACCCUUCACUCCUUCAACCUCCGUUGUCAUGCCGCCAAUGAGAGGCUCUUCAACAACUUCAUGUCUUUCUCCGGAUUUUCUCGCCGGAAUAAAGUACUGCUUGGUCAAUUACAGCAUAGAAGAGCUCAGGAUGGCCACAAAAGAUUUCAGUGAAGAAACCCAGAUAAGUGGUUCAGUCUAUAAGGGGUUGAUCAGUAAUCUGGAGAUGAUGAUCAAGAGGAUGAGAUUUGAAGACACACGUCGGCUAAUUGAUUUACAUUCUAAGAUCAACCACAUCAAUGUUGUGAACUUACUUGGUGUUUGUUAUGAUGAAAGAGAUUUGUUAUGGUCUUAUUUGGUUUUUGAAUGGCCUAAAAAUGGGUGCUUAAGGGACUGUUUAUCAGAUGCAUGCAACCUCCUCUGUUGGAAAGAAAGGACACAAAUAGCUUCUGAUAUAGCUACAGGUCUUCACUAUUUCCACCGCUGUGCAUUUCCUUCUUACGCUCAUUUGAAUGUUAGCAGUAGAAAUAUAUUUAUAACAAAAGACUUUAGGGGGAAACUGGCAGAUAUUGCUGCACCAGAUAAUCUUGUAAACGGCCCAGUUUCUGAGAAAGAAGACAUUUUUGCAUUUGGGGUUGUGUUACUUGAACUGAUCUCUGCAAGAGAGAACAUUGAAGGGAAAUUAGUGAAGGAUUCUGUUGGGUUCUUGGGAGGAGCAGGCAAUGAAGGGGGUUGCUUUGAAGGGUUGAGGAGUUUCAUGGAUCCUAAUCUGAAGGAUUAUCAUCUUGCAGAGGCUCUGUGUUUGGCUGUUCUAGCAAAGGCUUGUGUAGCUGAUGAUCCCUUGCAUAGACCAACCAUGGAUGAUAUCAUGAAGGUCCUCGCAAAAACCGUUUCUCCACGACAACCAGAGAAAUAAUAAUCCUUGUGAUUUAGCAGGUAUGCAUUAAUUGCCUGUAAGAUUGUAUUUAUGACAAAUUUCCUCCUGUUGACAUCGUGCAAAACUCUUCACUUUGAUUCCUCGAGUUGAAGAAGGAGAAUAAUCAAAUCUAUUCAUAGUACGUAGCUAGAAUAGUAAUUAGGAGUUGAAUCAUUGUUGUUGACAGUAGCUUCAGUCAUCUCAAAGUUGAAGAGCAUGAGGAUUUGACGGUUAAGAUUUCAAACUGAAAAUCAUGUGGUUGCCAGAGGGAAAGGAGCUUUUCAGGCAAUGUUACUGAAACCUUGAACGUCAAACUAAGCAUUUAGCGUUGUUUUUGUUGUCCUAGAGCAGAAAUUAAUCAGUUAUGUGUUCAGUAGUGAUUGGAGGAUAAUAGAAAGCAGUAUUCUAUUUA